CUGAUAAUCACAACAGUUUGUGAUGUUUCCAAUUCUAGACAAUGGGCGGACAUCUCUCCAAUCGGUGGACGAGGGGGAUUCACUGGUUAUGGAAAUAGUGGCGGAGGCGCGACCGCCACUAACGGCUAUGAUUAUGGGAGCCAACAAGUGAAUGGAUACACUAUGCCACCACCGGGAUACGGGCAAACGAUGCAAUACACUACCUCUAACGGUGGACCGAUUCCUAGGUAA